AUGAAGUUCUUUGAUCUAGGAGGGCAGCGUGACAUUCGAACGAUUUGGUCGAAGUAUUAUGAUGAUUGCCACGCAGUCAUUUAUAUGAUUGAUGCCGCAGACCGCGAUAGGUUAUGGGAUGGAUGGGAAGUCUUUGAAACUGUCUUGGCACAUCCUCAAAUCCUUGACGUUCCACUCCUGCUUUUAGCCAACAAGCAAGAUGCGCCGAACAGCUUGUCUGUCAAUGAUGUACGAGCCAGUUAUGAAGCAUGGUGGCAAUCACGACGUGCCGAAGAUGGAGAGGAUACCUCGGAUGGAGUGAUCGUUGGCGACGACCAUAGAGGUUCGAGCCUGGAUGUGAUGGGAAUAUCGGCACUUGAGGGGAAUGGAAUACGGGAUGCAAUUGAUUGGGUAUUCAUACGCGUACAAACUGCUCGCCCUCGCGGAGGUGCUUAA